AAUAUUCAAAGCACGAAUUAUGAAAACAAAUCGGGCAUGUCCGUCAUUGCUACGACACAUACGAAGUCGCCAUUAGAUUGUGGAGUUCCGAGAGUAUCGCUGUUCUGGUCCAGAAGGCCAAAUAGCGACGAGCAUCAUGCUUCGUUUGCCUGUUAGCCGUGCGUUGGCUGGGGUAGCACGCUGCAAGACCUGCCUGGCUGCCACAAAUAAUGUUCGUACAACUGCCACAGCUGCCAGUAACCUGGUGGAGGUGUUUGUUGAUGGGAAGCCUGUUAUGGUUGAACCUGGAACCACAGUGCUGCAGGCUUGUGAAAGGAUGGGGGUGCAGAUCCCACGCUUCUGUUACCAUGAGCGUCUGUCUGUGGCAGGGAACUGCCGCAUGUGUCUGGUGGAAAUCGAGAGGGCACCAAAGCCUGUGGCCGCCUGUGCCAUGCCUGUGAUGAAGGGAUGGAAUAUUUUGACCAACUCAGAGAAAACAAGGAAAGCCAGAGAGGGGGUGAUGGAGUUCCUGCUGGCCAAUCACCCUUUGGACUGCCCCAUCUGUGACCAGGGAGGAGAGUGUGACCUGCAGGACCAGUCAAUGAUGUUUGGCACUGACAGGAGCCGCUUCACAGAGGGGAAGAGAGCUGUGGAGGACAAGAACAUUGGGCCCCUCAUUAAAACCAUCAUGACCCGCUGUAUCCAGUGCACACGCUGCAUCCGCUUUGCCAGUGAGGUUGCAGGUGUGGAGGACUUGGGUACCACUGGCAGGGGAAAUUCGAUGCAAGUGGGCACUUACGUGGAGAAGAUGUUCAUGUCUGAGCUGUCUGGAAAUGUCAUUGACAUCUGUCCUGUGGGAGCGCUGACCUCCAAGCCUUAUGCCUUCACCGCCCGCCCCUGGGAGACCAGGAAGACAGAAUCCAUCGAUGUGCUGGACGCAGUGGGCUGCAACAUUGUGGUGAGCACGAGGGGCGGAGAAGUUAUGAGGGUCCUGCCGCGCCUCAACGAGGAGGUCAACGAGGAGUGGAUCUCGGAUAAGACCCGGUUUUCAUACGAUGGGCUGAAGCGACAGCGCCUCACUCAGCCCAUGGUGAAGAACGCCUCUGGACAGUUAGUAACCACUUCCUGGGAGGACGCCCUGACGCAAGUCGCUGGAACGCUGCAAGGAGCUCAGGGGAAGGAUAUAGCCGCCAUCGCUGGGGGGAUGGUGGAUGCAGAGGCUCUGGUUGCUCUGAAGGACCUUCUGAACCACCUGAACAGUGAUGCCUUGUGUACUGAGGAGGUCUUCCCCAUGGCUGGGGCUGGCACUGACCUGCGAUCCAGCUACCUGAUGAACUCUCGCAUCAGUGGAAUCGAGGAGGCGGACUUGCUUCUCCUGAUUGGCACCAACCCGCGCUAUGAGGCGCCCAUCUUCAAUGCACGUGUCAGGAAAAGCUGGCUCCACAAUGAACUCAAAGUAGCAGUGGUUGGGCGGGAGUUGGACCUCAGCUACACCUAUGAACAUCUCGGGGAGUCCACGCAGGUGCUGCAGGAGAUUGCAGCUGGAACACAUCCUUUCUGCCAGGUUCUGGCCCAGGUGAAGCGCCCGGUGGUGGUGGUGGGCAGUGCCUGUCUGCAGAGAGCGGAUGGGGCCGCGUUGCACUCUGCUGUGGCCCACAUCGCCCAGACCGCACGGACCAGCAGCGGAGUGCAGGACAGCUGGAAAGUGCUCAAUGUUCUCCACAGGGUAGCUAGUCAGGUCGCAGCGCUAGACCUGGGUUACGAGCCUGGUGUGGAAGCCAUCAGGAAAAACCCACCCAAGGUUUUGUUCCUACUGGGAGCGGAUGCUGGUUGCAUCACCAGACAGGACCUCCCAAAGGAUAGCUUCAUCAUCUAUCAGGGGCAUCAUGGGGAUGAAGGGGCAACCAUGGCUGACGUCAUCCUCCCAGGGGCUGCAUUCACAGAGAAGUGCGCCACCUAUGUGAACACUGAGGGUCGUGCCCAGCAGACCAGGCUGGCGGUGACUGCACCAGGCAUGGCCAGAGAGGACUGGAAGAUCAUUCGUGCUGUUGCUGAGCUGGCUGGUGUGACGCUACCUUAUGACACUGUGGACGAGGUGCGCGACAGAUUGGCUGAGGUGUCGCCCAACUUGGUGCGUUAUGACGAUGUGGAGGAGGCAAACUACUUCAAGCAAGCCAAUGAGCUGUCACAGGCGGUGAAUGAGCAACUCCUUGCAGACCCACUGGUCCCCCCACAGCUCACAGUGAAAGACUUUUAUAUGACAGAUCCAAUCAGCAGAGCCUCUCAGACAAUGGCCAAGUGUGUUAAGGCAGUGACCGAAGGAGCACACGCGGUGGACGAACCAUCUGUCUGCUAAUGUUCUGUUUGUAUUCUGAAUGAUACCAUUCUGUGUACCACACAUCUUUAAAUCUCCAGUACACCCCCAGGAACUCAUCAAAGUAGCAGUGUAUAUCACUUGCAUUGUAUAUCACUAUUUAAGGCUUGCCAGUCUCAUUUAAACCUUAUGUCAGCAGUACAGAUCGAGCGUGUGAAUUUUCUUAUAUUUGUGCGCUGUACUGAGGGUGUUAUAUAAGAUUGUAGUGUUGUAGGAAAGUUUAAAUGUAAUAAUAAAUAAAAACCUGUCAUUGUAA